AUGUGCCACAAGGCUAUCCCUCCUCACCGUCGCUUCUUCGCUGCUCCUUCAGUGCUUGGGUUUGUGACUGAAGAUGAGCCCGGGCGUGGGCGGCAGUUGCGCCAAUCUGGAGGCCCUUCAUCUGUCCGGCGUCAACGUUAUGCCUCACCUGAGAGUGCGAGAUUGCGCAGCGCUCGCUUGCAUAGACAGCCGGACUCAGGUCCCGGGCAUCUUACACCGAGCCCGCAUAUUCAGCCAGACCGUAUUGAUCGUCUGGACAAUGUGGCUGGCCUCUACCACCAUGAAGGGCCGUACGAUCCUGUCACGAGAGAGAGGAACGCACUCCCUGACCGUGCUCCCGUCCAAGCGCUUCAGUCGUCAAACCAGGAAGCGCUCAAUGCCACUUCGAACGACGGUGGUGCCGGUAAUCUCUCCCAGCAUUACCCAUUAGGUGGAGAUGCUGUUCCCCCUCCAGGAUCCAGAGAUCUUACCGAUCGAUUCCUCAGCUUCUAUCCGCGUACCAACGUGAUGGUUGAAGCCCCAGCGCAUCUCCAGCGCCGUGCAGGAUCUAAUUACGGAGAUGGCGAUACGCUGAUGGAUCCAUACUAUAACCAGGAUGACAUCGAACGUCGUCGGCUGUUGCGCAAGCGCGCUAGAUCUAUUGAGCGUGAGGAAGCCGAGGCUGCAGAGUCUGCUUCCAAGAAGCGUGAUGUUAAUAGCCGCUUGUAG